AUGUUGAUACCUAAUGUGCUCAAAUCGCGUGGUCUGUUGAAUCGUUUAUUAAAAAAACAGCAAUCUGACGCUGAAAUUAUACAACAGUUCAAAUCAGUAGAACGAGCAAAUAUGGAAAUAACUAUUCGAGAUAAUACUGAUCCUUCGAUUGGUAAUCCAUUAAUUAGUUUAUUAAAUAGACGAGAUAAAUUUGAAAAGAAAGAUUUUGAAGAAAUUGUUUGUUAUAACGAAGAAUUAUGGGAAGCUUUAAAUGUUAGAAAAUUUGAAAAUGUUUUUAUAUUAGAUAUAAAUCGAAUAGGAAAAGAAUUACCACAGAAAUAUAAAAAUAUUUGA